AUGGGAGAGAAUGAAGGAAAGAAAGAGGAGGCUGACUAUAAGCGGCUGCAGACCUUCCCCCUGGUCAAGCACUCGGACAUGCCGGAGGAGAUGCGAAUGGAGACCAUGGAGCUUUGUGUCACAGCCUGUGAGAAAUUCUCCAACAACAACGAGAGUGCGGCAAAGAUGAUCAAGGAGACGAUGGACAAGAAGUUCGGCUCCUGCUGGCAUGUGGUCAUCGGCGAAGGUUUUGGGUUCGAGAUCACCCACGAGGUGAAGAACCUCCUGUACCUGUUCUUCGGGGGAACCCUGGCCGUGUGCGUGUGGAAGUGCUCCUGA